GACGUGGUGGUGGUGCACGGCCGCAGGACCGCUAUCGGCCGCGCCCGCCGCGGCGGCUUCAAGGACACAACACCUGAUGAGCUGCUGGCUGCUGUGAUGACAGCUGUCCUUCAGGAUGUCAACCUCCGUCCUGAAGUCCUGGGAGACAUCUGUGUGGGGAAUGUGCUGCAGCCUGGAGCUGGCGCCUUGAUUGCAAGAGUUGCACAGUUUCUAAGUGGUAUUCCAGAGACAGUGCCGUGCUCCAGUGUGAACCGGCAGUGCUCCUCUGGGCUACAGGCCAUUAUCAACAUAGCUGGUGGCAUCCGAAAUGGAUCGUAUGACAUUGGCUUGGCCUGUGGUGUGGAAACAAUGUCCCUCAGAAGUGCCAAUAACCCUGGUGAUAUCAGUUCCAACAUGAUGGAUAACCCCAAAGCUCGAGACUGCCUUAUUCCUAUGGGAAUAACCUCAGAAAAUGUGGCAGAGAAGUUUGGAGUUUCCCGGAAGAAGCAAGAUGCCUUUGCCUUGGCUUCCCAACAAAAAGCAGCAAAAGCUCAGCAGAUGGGACUAUUUAAAACUGAGAUUGUUCCAGUGAAGACCACUGUUGCAGAUAAUGAGGGCAACAAAAAAACAAUCACUGUGCACCAAGAUGAAGGGAUCAGGCCCUCUACAACACUGGAAGGCUUGGCAAAGCUGAAACCUGCCUUCAAAGAGGAUGGAAGCACUACAGCAGGGAAUGCCAGCCAGGUCAGCGAUGGAGCAGCUGCUGUUCUCCUGGCAAAACGCUCCAAGGCAGCACAGCUGGGCCUGCCGGUGCUGGGUGUGCUCAGGUCCUUCGCUGUGGUGGGGGUUCCACCCGAUGUGAUGGGCAUAGGGCCAGCCUAUGCCAUCCCUGUUGCUGUGGAAAAGGCAGGUCUGACUCUGAAUGACAUUGAUAUAUAUGAAAUUAAUGAAGCCUUUGCAAGCCAGGCUGUGUACUGUGUUGAAAAGCUGGGCAUUCCCAUGGAGAAGGUGAACCCCCUGGGAGGAGCCAUAGCACUGGGGCACCCCCUAGGCUGUACUGGUGCUAGGCAGGUCGUCACUUUGCUCAACGAACUGAAGCGCAGGGGGAAGAGAGCGUAUGGAGUCGUGUCCAUGUGCAUCGGAACUGGCAUGGGCGCAGCGGCCGUGUUCGAGUACCCGGGGCAGUGAGCUCCAGUGCUGACAGAACAGCACCACAGCUCACUCUCUGCCUUGCUAGGCAUAGCAAAUGAUUUCCACUGAAAUCAUGUGGGUUCUGGGAUUUGUUAUUAGAUCUAAAAAUUUUAGGCAGAAAUUGUGAAGUAGAAUUUAAUGAUUCAGCUCUGUGAAGAAGGUGAGGAAAUGCAAAACUGGCACAUGGCUUCCUGACAUAAGAAAUUAGCUCAGCUGAAAUUUAACUACAGGCCCUAGUGUGGUGAUUAUGAAUGAUUAUUAAUUUAAUUGAUCUCUUUAUUCUGUGAAUAUUACCAGAGGGAGUAGUUUAUGGGACAGUAUUUUUGUAUAACAAAUUGGCAAAAAGAGUCACUCAAAAUGAAGACAUCAGUCCACAUGAAAAGACUUUUCCAGCAUUUCCUUAAAAGGUUUCACCAUUUUUUAAGAAGUUUUACAGACCUUGUUUUGAAGCAAAGACUUGACAUCCCUGCCUUUAUAACUGUGCCUGUCCUAGCCCAGUCAGAAGUUGUCUGUGUCUUAAAUUGUCCCUACACUGGAGGAUGGGCUGUAGCUUGCUGCUGCUGGAACUGCUCUGAAGCCUCCAGUGGGGGAAAGUGGAAGAACUGGAACAUAAUUUCCACAGGAAAUGCCUGAACUGAAAGGUUCUGUUGAAUUGCUAGAAGCCAGGAUUUGGAUGUGGCCAUUCCUUCUUUUACAAUACAUGUCUGAGUAUCAGUUUGUGUGACUCCAAGGAAAAUCUCGUUGUUAAUCAUAUUUACUUACCUAACAUAAAGCAAAUUACAGCAUUACAUUUACUGCACGCACUACAUGAACAUCAAUGAAAUCUCAGUCCUUCAGCACUAAUACAAACAUGUUCCAUCUUGUAUCUUUUGUCAUCCCUUAUUACUUGGCUGAACAAGAUCACUGAAACUCAGCUUGAAAAAGAAAUGUACUCAUUGCUGCUUUAAAUUUUAACAAACAGAUGUUCUUUGUCCUGACUUUUGUUUUUGCACUUAAUAAUACAAGUGGGUUCUUGCAAUACAUUUGUUUCCUUUUUAUGAUGAUUUUUAGUUGAAGGUCAUGAUGAGUUAGAGCUCUUUGAUAUUUUCACAAUCCCAUGCUGUAGCCUGUCUCACCCAGCAAUCACACAGGCCCGUGUGUUAGAGCCAAGAAAUUGAAUUACUUAGAGGGGAUAAUGAGCCAUUAACAAAAGCCUUUUAUUUAAUGAGAGUGGAAAAUUUAACAGACUCAGAAGUGGGAAUUCCAGCGACCUUUCGCUAAAAUAAUACUAAAAUAAUUUAAAGAGAAGUGAGAGUAAAUGGGAACCAUGUGGGGGGAAAGAAUGAAAAGGAAGAAGGGUUCCUCCCUCUGUUGCUGAAGGGGAUGUUCUCAAGGCCCAAACAUGAUGAAACAUACAGGUUGGUAAUUUUCCAAGGAGCUCAGGGAAAGUUGGCUCUUCCCCUUUUCAUGUAAGGCACUGAGAAAACAGCCUGGGGAAUGCUGGCCUAUUCACCAAUUCUUGCUUUUAUUAUGUGUCAAUGUCCAUUUUAAUGUCAAACAAAUAAAUGAGGCAAAACAAAAGCUA